GUCGCUUCGUCGGUAGCCUUAGCCACAAGAUUGUUCAGUUUCAGUUAGCAGUUUGCCGUUAGUCAGAGCACAGUUUAUUAUUCGAUAUGGGCAAUUUAAAGCAGAACAUUAAGGAUGGCAUCACAGCGGAACGUGUAGCCAUAUUUUUUGGCUUACUAUCCACCUGUCUGGCAGUCGCUCUUGUCCUUGUCAUUGUCCAUAGGGAUAAUAUAUGGUUACAAUUGGAGGAAGCCAAAAUGAAAUUGGAUGUUCUUGAGGACUAUAUACAGGCCAAUCUAGUGACUGAAAUAUCCAAGCAAACAAAAAUAAAUUAAUAUUACUAACACCACAUAAUACGUAGUAUUAAGUUUACCCCAAAAAUAAACCAAAUAAUUCAAAA